ACGGUUGCUCAAAGGCUCACGUAACUCAGUUAUUUUGCGUAAAUAUGGCGGCGUAUGUACCGAUAUUUCGCAGACGCGAACGUCUUCCUCGAGUUUAUAAGAAAAGAAUCAUCCCAAUUGAUGAAUUAAGAGAUUCGGAAAUCGUCGAACGAUAUAGACUCACACGUGAAGCGAUAAUAUAUGUGCACAAUUUGAUCAAACACGAUGUAUCGGCAUUCACUGAGCGCAACCAUGCGUUGGAUUCGAUGACGAAGGUGCUAGUUACUUUGAGAUACCUUGCGAAAGGCGAUUUCUACAGUGAAGUCGGGGAUCUACAUGGGAUCAGCAGGAGUUCUGUGUCGAGAUCGAUUACUGUGGCUGGGAAAAAUUCCAAAUGUUAUUGGUGCUGUUGAUGGAACCUUAAUACCCAUAAUUGCACCAAGUGAGGCGGAGGAGGUGUAUGUAUGCCGGAAGGGCUACCAUGCUAUAAAUGUUCAAGCGGUCGUGGACCAUGAAAUGAGAUUCACUGAUGUUGUUGCCCAAUGGCCAGGUUCAGUUCAUGACAGCACAAUCAUGGAAAACUGUGCCUUGAAGCAGUGGCUGACAACUACUAACAACAACUGGCUGUUGGGCGACAGUGGUUAUGGUUUAAAACCGUAUCUACUAACACCAAUUGGUACACCAAGUACACCAUCAGAGGUUCUUUACAACAAUGCCCAUGUUAAAACCAGACUAGUGGUGGAGAGGGCAUUUGGGAUAUUGAAAUCCAGGUUUAGAUGUUUACACAAAAGUGGAGGAUGCCUCUUAGUUAAGCCCUCAAAAGCUGCACAAAUUGUAAGUGUAUGUAUGAGAUUACAUAAUCUGUGCAAGGAAAUGAAUGUUCCAGCCCCACUUGUCUUGGAGGAUGACGACCAUGACGAACAGCUGUUUGAUGGGCCACUUAAUGGCAAUGGCGUGCAAACGCGGCAAAGUGUAGUCAAUUUAUUUUAAAACUUAAUGAAGUUGAUGAAACAGCUCAGUGAGUCAGUGAGUCAUGUAUUAACAAGAACAAUGUAUAACUAAACCAUAAAACAUCAUAUCCAAUGGAUCUGUUACACGUUUUAAUACAAAAUGUGAUUUUAUGUAUUGAAUAUUUGAACUAUGUAUUUGUAAUAUGUCAAUGGGCUAAUUAACGCUUGAUUGGUCAUUGUCGGCUCGGGUACUACUUACAUGUACCCCGUGUACUCUUAAGUAUACUUACAUGUACCCCGGGUACGGUAAAUAUACUAAAACGUACCCGGGAAAUUUAAAGCUUAAUCGGUCGUGGUCGGCUUUUUUUUAAAUUAAAUAUAUUCACAUUUAUGUUAAAUUUCUGUAAAAUGGCCUCUAUAUUAUCGAAACUCAUACUCACAAAGCAUGUUGACGCAGUUUUUAAAAAAAGAGAAGUUUGUUUAAGAUUUUCGGUAGCGCGUUUUACGACAUCGGAUUUAAGGCGGGAAUACAACUCGGGUACAGUCUAAUGUCGACCGGGUACGAUUAAGUAUAUUUACCGUACCCGGGGUACAUGUAAGUAUACUUAAGAGUACCCUGGGUACACGUAAGUAGUAACCGAGGCGACAAUGACCAAUGGAGCCUAAUUAACAUGUACUUGUUCAUAGAUAAGAUAACAAUAGUUUUGUUAAGAAUUGGCAUUUUGAAAAUUCUUUGUUUAAGAUACAUUAAUCAUUCUUCAUUAUUGUAUGAUAGUGAUUUUUAAAUUAAAGUUGUUCACAAUCAUUUUUGCAUUACAUAUGAUGCAUAUGACUAAUCAAACAAAAACAAUAACUAUGCUAAUAUGUAAAGAAUAUAAACUAUUGUUACGGGUUGCAAGAGGCCAAAGUAGUGACAUUGCUUAUAGAGCUGAUAAAGCUAUUUAUGUUAUGCAGCUCAUCUCUAAUGUCUGCCUGAACUUGCAACUGCUGGCGCAUUAUCUCCAGUUUUUGUUCUUUCAAAGCCAGUUUUUGCUCUUCCACAGCCAAAAUUCGCUCUACAUCUGAAAUACAUUCACAAUUUUGUUUGCAUGUAUGUGAUAGCAAUACUUUUAGCUGGACUAAUCACUGAAUAGUUCCAGCUAAAAUAUUUACCUACAUGUUGGUAUCUGACAUACAUGCACAACCUUCAUAUAUUUGUUUUCUACGACAUGUAUUCGAUUGAAAUUACUUACAUGUGUUUCGGGUCAUUGUUAGAGGUCAAUGAUCAAGCUCUAUAAAUCUAACAUGCAAUUUAGCAGAGUUAUUUCAUACUGUGCUAAGAUUAAGAUUUGCAUGUUAAAGCUCGUUCACUCUCAGACAUGAAAACAAGUCAUAACAUGAAGUUUCAUUUAUGACCAGUCUUUUGAGGGUCAAAAUCACUGUUGCUUAAAUUAUAUAUAAAUUUUGUGUUUUAUAAAUUAUAUUAGGAUGAAGCUCUUGAGCUGAAAUUUUGAGUGUAGAUAGGUUACAUGUAUAUCUAGUGAGGGAAUAUAUUUUGGGCAGCAGGGUCACAAUUAAUGUUUACAAACACAAAAUAAGUGUCCAGUCAAUAACUUUACUUUGAAAUUUCUGAGUAGGCAGUUUUUAUGCAGACCUUGAUUAUGGAGUAAAUUAAAUUCAGCUGAAUAAAUUAUUGAACAAUGUGAAAAUAUUAUUUUUUUGAAUUGUAGAAUUUUUCAUUUAUUAAAAAAAAUAUCAAUUAGUUUCUUUCAUAUUUUUAUAGCAACUAAAGAUAUUUACUUUAAAAUUUGUCAUUUUGGUCAUUAUAUUAUUAUACGACUUACAGAAAAAUUGCAUCCUAACACCAAAAUGAAACAAUAAAAUUUAAAUAAAAUAAAUAAUUUUUUGUAAUGACAUAUAGUAUUGUCAGUUUGUUCUUACAUGUUCCACAUCUGUUGUUGUUAUUAUCUCUGCUUGUUUUUCUACCUGCAAUAUAAAUGUGCAGCAUUAGUAUAAGCACUCUAUGUCAAUAUUUAAAUAAUUAUCUGUUCAUGUGUUUGAUUAUAGUGCAAUACAAUGUGUU